CCAAGAUGGCCCCCAAGCCUGAGUCCCCAGUCAUGAUUGCUGAAAUGAACAUUAUGGACAGGGCAAUCCCACUGGAGUUCACUGCUCCUAUUAUCUCCCCUAAUUCUCCUGAGCCUCCGCUGGUUCCGUCCAGCCUUCCUGAGCCUCCGCUGGUUCCGUCCAGCCUUCCUGAGCCUCCGCUGGUUCCGCCCAGCCUUCCUGAGCCUCCGCUGGUUCCGUCCAGCCUUCCUGAGCAUCCGCUGGUUCCGUCCAGCCUUCCUGAGCCUCCGCUGGUUCCGUCCAGCCUUCCUGAUCCUCCGCUGGUUCCGCCCAGCCUUCUUAACCCUCCGCUGGUUCCGCCCAGCCUUCCUGAGUCAAGUCAAGUUGCAGCUACUGAAUCAAGUCAAAUUGCAGCUGCGUUUCCCGAGGCAAGUCAAGUUCCUGAGUCACGUCAAGUUGCAGCUGCAGCUACUGAGCCAAGUCAAGCCACGGCUGUGGUUCCUGAGUCAAGUCACGUCACGGCUGAGUCAAGUCACGUCACGGCUGAGUCAAGUCACGUCACGGCUGAGUCAAGUCACGUCACGUCACGGCUGAGUCAAGUCACGUCACGGCUGAGUCAAGUCACGUCAUGGCUACAUCUCCUGAGUCAAAUCAAGUUCCUGGUGCUUUUCAUAAGCCAAGACAAAGUCCAGCUCGCCCUCCAGAGCCGGAGCUCUGCCCAGCUCGCCCUCCAGAGCCGGAGCUCUGCCCAGCUCGCCCUCCAGAGCCGGAGCUCUGCCCAGCUCGCCCUCCAGAGCCGGAGCUCUGCCCAGCUCGCCCUCCAGAGCCGGAGCUCUGCCCAGCUCGCCCUCCUGAGUCGGCUCCUCCUUCAGCGCGCCCUCCUGAGCCGGCGCUUCAUCCAGCGCUCUCUAGGGCUGGCAGUACUGUAAAUUCCCCCAAGAAAAUUUUGGGGGGGGGCUACUCCCCUGUUCAGCCAUGGCCUCCUGGACUAUCUGCCCGGCCAUGGCCUCCUGAGCCCCCAGAUCCACCAUGGCCACCUGAACUGUUUACCCGGCCAUGGCCUCCUGAGCCCCCAGAUCCACCAUGGCCACCUGAACUGUUUACCCGGCCAUGGCCUCCUGAGCCCCCAGAUCCACCAUGGCCACCUGAACUGUUUACCCGGCCAUGGCCUCCUGAGCCCCCAGACCCGCCAUGGCCACCUGAACUGUCUGUCCGGCCAUGGCCUCCUGAACUCCCUGAUCCGCCCU